AUGUCGAUUAAGACUUUGAAGUUAUAUCCUCCUCAGCCUUCGACAGUCCGGGCUCAAUCGCUCCAUUUGUCAUACGAUCCUGUUCAUGAUAGAAUUGUUUACCCGAACGGUAAAUCAAUCAUUGUCAGACCACUCGAUCCCUUGUCAAAAACACCUUCGAGGCAAUUUACGAAGCAUAUUCAUAGGACCACUGUCGCUACUUUUGCACCAUCAGGUAAUUAUAUUGCAUCAGGUGAUGAAUCUGGAGAGGUUAAGAUCUGGGAUUCUUCCAUUAUUAGCUCUCCUGGAUCAGAGCAAGACCCAUUUGAACAACCGUACGUCAAGAGUGAGUUCCAAAUCCUUUCAGGGCCCAUUAGGUCGAUUGCCUGGGAUGGCGACAGCUCUCGAGUAAUAGCUGUUGGCCAAGGAAAAGAUAAGUUCGGACAUUGUUUCUCAUGGGACUCCGGUAACUCAGUAGGUGAAAUUCAGGGCCAUUCAUCUGCUAUAAAUGCGGUUGAUGUUAAACCCCAAAGGCCUUAUAGAGCCGCAACUGUGGGUGAUGACAAAGCACUAGUUUUCUUUAAUGGGCCACCGUUUAAGUUCGACAAGAGUGUGAGAGGAUAUCACACAAACAACAUUAGAGACGUCAAGUUUUCUCCGGAUGGAAAAUGGCUACUUAGUGCGGGUUCUGAUAGAAGUGUUGUUGUAUAUGAUGGAAAAACAGGAGAGUAUGUCAAAACGAUAGAGAACGCUCAUGAAGGUGGUAUAUUUGGUAUCAGUUGGUUUCAAGACUCUCUGAGAUUUGUUACGUGCUCUGCUGACAAUACGGUGAAAGCAUGGAAAAUCGAAGACCUGAGUCUAAUUUCAACGUAUGUUGUAAGUUCCGGCAGCGUAGAAAACCAACAGGUUGGAGUUAUAGUUGCGAAAGACUAUAUUGUCUCCCUUUCUCUUAAUGGAAACUUGAACUACUUCAAAGAAGGUGAUAGGGAACCCUCACUGAUAAUCGUGGGACAUCAGAGCUCUUUAACGAGUACCUUUAAAGACUCUGAGAAUCUUUUGACAGGUGGGUCUGAUGGAAGCAUUUUUAAAUGGAAAUUCAAUGGUGAAAACUUAGACUCUCUUGCUCAAAGAUUAGAUCCAUCUGGACAUGAGCAUAAUAAUUACGUCGUCGGAAUCACUAAUCUGGAGCAUGAACUAGUCACAUCAGGAUGGGACGAUCAAUUAAAGUUUUGGAAAGAUGGGACGGCUACGUCUUUGACGCUAGAUUCACAGCCGAAGCAGAUAAUUUCUUUUAAGGAUAAAAUUGUUGUUCUCUUCGAAUCAAAAAUCGAAGUGUAUUCUGGGACUUCGAAAGUUACAGAAUUGUCAUUUGAUUUUCCGUCCUCAACUAUUUCAGCUAUUCCUCUGACGGAUUCACUCGUUAUUUCAAAUGAAAAGUCAUUCACCGUAGAAGAAUUCUCAUUGUCUCAAACGGGAAUAAAUAAGUCCAGCUCUAGCUAUUCCAAAUUAAGGGCUGCGCCAACUUUGAUCAGGGUGUCUCCGGAUUCCGCUCUUGUUGCUGUCGCAGACUCCACCGGAAAAUACACCUUGUAUAAUACUAAAGAUACUAGUAUUGUCACAACCCGAUGGGCAUUUCACAGCAGCAAGGUGCUUGCUGCUGAAUGGUCUCCAGAUUCGCAAUUCCUCUUAAGUGGUGGCUUAGAUAGCUCAAUUUUCAUUUAUUCAGUAGCAAAGCCAUCGAAGGUUUUGAAGUUUCCCUUGGCGCAUCAGAAUGGAGUAUCAGGUCUCGAAUGGAAUCAGUAUAAAGAAAGUGAUAAAUCUGCCACAUUCGUUAGUACUGGUUUGGAUGGUGUCAUUAAGACUUGGGUUGUUGAUUUGAGCGUCUAUUAG